AUGAAGCUGCUCGCGAUCCUCCCCGCCCUGCUGCCGCUCGUCGCUGCGCACUUCAACGUCGAGGCGCCUCCAACUCGCGGCGGCAGCGAAGACACCCAGCCGAUGUUCCCAUGCGGCGGCCCAACAGAGCCGUCCCGGGAAAGAGUCAGGAUUCCCCUCGACGACCCGAAACUCGCCAUUGCCAUGGAGAUGGGCCACGACCAGGCGGCCGUCCAGGUGCUGCUCGGCCUAGGAUCUAACCCGGGAUCCAACUUCAACAUCACCGUGCUCAAGACCUUCAGACAGGUCGGUCUCGGGGCCUUCUGUCUCCCAGAAGUGUCCUUCUCAGAGCAAGUCGUCGGGUUCAAGCCAAAGGAUGGCAUGGAGGCCACCAUCCAGGUUCUCAGCAACGGUGAUCCUAAAGGCGGUCUUUUCCACUGCAUCGAUGCCGUGUACUCCAGGUCUGCACGAUAUGUCAAGCCAGAGAGCUGCAAGAACGGCACCGGCGUCGAGGCCAUGCCCUUCAGCGGCGAGGCUGCUAACCGAAACGCCAACGAGUCCACACCGAAUGGCCAGCCACAAGGUGGUUCCGGUGGUUCUGGUGGACAUAGUCCCAGCCCUACUGGCAACGCGGCACCGCUUCAGACAGCCGCUGUUUGGGGCGUUCUCGGUGCUGCCGUCGCUGGAGGCGUUGCUCUCUUGUAA